AUGCAAAAACCAGAUGUGUAUUGGCAUGAUGAUGGGUACUUUAUUGUCAAUAUGUGUUCUAGUGAUGAUAGAGAUGCUAUACUUUGUUAUGGUCCUCAUAGGUUCCUUGGAAAGCCUGCAAUAGUGAAGCCUUGGUGUCCUAAUUUUGAUUUUCAUGCUGAAAUUCUUAGAACUAUUCCUCUUUGGGUUAAAUUCCCUAAUCUCCCACUUAAUUGUUGGGGAUCUCACACUCUUAGCCGCCUUGGUAGUUUGCUUGGAGUGCCAAUUUGUGCUGAUGAGUGUACUACUAGACAACUUAGAGUGUCUUUUGCUAGGGUUCUGAUUGAAAUUGAUGUUACAAAGCCUAUGCCCACCUCUAUAUGGGUUGAGAGUCCUUCGAAGGAACUAUUGGAGAUCAGGGUGGUGUAUGAGUGGGCUCCUUCUUUUUUCUCUAAGUGUAACAAGAUUGGUCAUGAUUGCUCUGUUAAGCCUCCUAUGUCUAAGCAGGCUUCUAAGCAACCGGCUCCUGUUCCUCCUAAGCAAAAGCAAGUUUGGGUUCCUAAGCUUACCCAUGUUCCUGCUUCUACUACUGCUGUUGAUGUUGGUGUUUCUGUUCAUGGGAAAUCUAUUAUUACUCCACAGGUUCAUACCUCUAAGAAUUCAGAUGAGGGGUGGAGAAUAGUAGGGAGGAAGACAAAAAGCCAGCAAACUAGAGUUCAUCAGCCUACUUCUACCUCUAAUGCCUUUGUUGCUUUAUUUGCAAAUGAAAUGGAUGGUGUAGGUGGUUUCACUAUAAAUCCAAGCAAGGUUGAUGUUGUUGGAUUGCUUGAAACAAAAAUCAAAUUGAAACAUGUUCUCACUUAUCAGAGGAAGUUUGGCUCUUCUUGGCUUUGGUUGUGUAAUUAUGAUCAUUCUCCCAAAGGGAGGAUUUGGCUUGGUUGGAAUGCGGAUAGAGUAACUGUUAAUGUCUUGAAGGUUCAUGAACAGUUCAUUCAUUGUACUGUUUCUUCUAAGGAUCUCUCUACUCAAAUUUAUCUCACUGUUGUUUAUGAUAGGCUUCAUGGUGCUGAUGUUACUGAUUAUGAGACUAGAGACUUUCAGAGUUUGGUUAAUGAUUUGGACCUCACUGAGAUCAAAAGCAAAGGGUCCUUCUACUCUUGGUCUAAUAAGGCUCAUCCUGGCCCUAGAACGCUCUCUAGACUUGACAGAGUCUUUGGUAAUCAAGCUUGGUUAACUUCUCAUGGGCAUGUGGAGACUGUUUAUCUCCCUCCUUCUUUAUCUGAUCAUAGUCCAGUUAUGUUGGAUAUUUGCUCUGGCCCUGUGGGGAAAGGUAGACCUUUCCGAUUUCUAAAUUGUAUUGCUGAUCACCCUGACUUUCUUGAUACUGUUUCGCAGGCUUGGGGUUCUGGUAGGUCUGUUGGGCAGAAGCUUAACUCUGUGAAGUCUAGUAUCAAAUCUCUUAAUAGCAAGCAGUUUGGUAACAUUGAGGAAAAGAUUGACCAGGCUAAUGCUGAGCUUUCUGAAAUUCAAAACUUAAUGGCCCAGAACCCUGAUGAUUUGGAUUUGUAUGCUAAAGAAUCCGAUGCUAUUAAGGUUGUCAAGCACUGGAAUGAUAUUCAGGAAAGCAUCUUCAAGCAAAAAUAUAGAAAUAAUUGGGUUAAGCUUGGAGAUGGCAAUUCUCACUAUUUCUUCUCUGUGAUGAAGACUAGGCAAGCAAGGAAUAGAAUUGACUCCAUUUUCGAUUCUAAUCAGGUGUUGCUCAAGGAUCCAGAUGCUAUUUCUCAUGAAAUUAUCUCUUUCUAUAAGUCUCUUCUAGGGACUCAGGCUCCUUGGCUCCCUGUUGUUGACCUUGUUACUAUGAGGAGGGGUAAGCAGCUUAGCUCUGCUGCUCAGAGCUACCUCAUUAGGCCUAUUUCUCAUGCUGAAAUUGAUGUCCUCCUUAAGGGAAUUGAUAACACUAAAGCUCCUGGUAUUGAUGGCUUUAACUCCUUUUUCUUUAAGAGAGCUUGGCAUAUUGUGAAAGAUGAUAUUUAUGCAAGUGAUUUUAGACCAAUAGCUGGUUGUACUGUGGUCUAUAAGCUCAUUUCUAAGGUCAUAACUGCUAGGCUUGCUACUGUCAUUGGUGAGGUGAUUGAUGAUGCUCAGGCAGGCUUCAUUCCUGGCAAGCACAUUGGUGACAAUAUUCUUCUUGCAACUGAACUGAUCAAAGGCUAUGAUCACAAAUUUAUCUCUCCCAAGUGUAUGGUUAAGGUGGAUUUGAAGAAAGCUUAUGAUUCAGUUGAGUGGGGAUUCUUGAUCACUGUCAUGCAGGAGCUUGGUUUCCCUUUCUCUUUGCCAUUGCUUCUCUUCCAAGCCUUCUCGAACUUCUCGGGUGCCUCUGGGCUUUCUGCUAAUCUUGAUAAAAGUGAAGUCUAUUUUAGAGGGGUCUCUGUUGAUAUCCAGAAAGAGUUGAGGGAGUUUCUUGGUGUUUCUCAAGGUACCAUUCCUUUUAGGUAUCUUGGGGUCCCUCUCUCUUCCAAAAAGCUUACUAUUUCUCAAUGUAGGCCUUUGGUGGAGAGGGUCACUGCUAGAAUAUAA